AACCCCCCUUCUCAUGGGUUCAAUCUUUCACCCCAAGAGCAAGAGGACACCAAAGCGGUGGCCUAGUGAUUGAAAUUCCACACUAAACUCCAUGAAAGCCACCUUCUUUGAUUCAAUACUUCAACACCCAGAACCCCCCCUCCCCCUCCCUCUUUCAUCAUCUAUAAUCCAUUUCCAAAUUCCUCGGUAGGAAAUGGAUCUUGAUGAGUGGGAAUUCCUCCCUGAUGAUGAUGGCUUCCUUGAUUUCCAUGAAGACGGUGAGAAAAAGAAUUUCUUGGGCAAACGUAAUCCUGAUCCAAAAACUGUUUUCAACAUGAAUUACUUCAUAUGCCCAUCACCAACUCCUAGGAAAAUCAUUGAACCACCUAGGAAUUCAGGGUUGCCUAGUCAACUUGUCACUGUUCCAAUUCAUUUGGAGCCACCAAGUGGAAAGGAGGCCCAUGAUGAUGAUGAACAACAACUAGUGAAGCAAAUCACUAAGGUUCCUAUUGAAAUCAAUGUUUUGCCCUCAGCUUCUAUCACUGAAAAAAUCAAUCAUAUGGAAGCUGAUCAAGACACGGUUUCACAAGUUUUCUUCAAAAUGAAGGAAAAUGAAUUUGUCGACAUGAAAAUGGACUCCCCAAAGUCUGGUGCUAGGGGGUUCUUACCUCAAAUUGAUACCUUUCAGUUUGAGGACAAAGGUGAGGCCUUGGAGGGUAUGAGUAUGACCUCUCCAAGAAUGAAAGUUGAGAAAGAUAUGGUUUUGAGCAAGAAAAGUAGCAUGGAUUGUGAUACCAACAUAGAGGAGGUCAAUUGGGAUGAGAGUAAUGGUAGGCUCAACAUAUGGAAGUGGAGCUUAACUGGGAUUGGAGCUAUUUGCUCUUUUGGUGUUGCUGCUGCUACAAUUUGUAUUCUGUUUUUUGGAACACAACAAACCAACAAACACAACCAACACAACCAGAAGCUUCGGUUCCAGAUCUACACUGAUGACAAGAGAAUUAAGCAAGUGGUGCACCACGCAACCAAAUUGAAUGAAGCAAUUUCGGCUGUCAGAGGAGUUCCCAUGACCAGAGCUCACAUUACCUAUGGUGGUUACUAUGAUGGUCUUUAAAGCAUUGUUUUCAACAGAUCCCUGGCCCUUCUUUAAGAGUGGACAAUUGGAUGGAUAUGCCAUGGUCAAUCCUACUAUAUUUGCAUAAGGUCUUUCUAUUUUUGUGAAUAAAAUUAUAUGGGCUAUAUAUAUAGUUUCUGGAUCCUUCUUUGUAUUGUAGAUUCCUCAUCAUUCAUAUUUAUCCACUUAUAUUUUGGGAAGGAAUGUCAUCUAAUUCAGAGCA